GUUUUGUUGCGUUGUGCUGCGUAAGGAGAGAGAGAGAGAGAUUAUCCGGGUGGAGUAGGGAGGUGUUUUCCAUACAAAAAUACAGAAGAAACGCGUGUCGUUCCCUGAUAUAAAUAAGCUUUGGUUGUUUUGUAAAUUAAUUGUGAUUAAUUAACAGUUAAAGCAGCAGUUAAUUAAGAAGACAGCUGGGUGGGUGGGUGCAUUGCAAAUUAAAGGGAUUGAAUCGAAAACCCUCUCACUCAUCCUCCUCUGCCUGUAAUAACCAAAGUAUAUUAUAUUAUAUUUAAGGAGAAAAAAGGAAGGGAAGGAUGGUGGGAGGAGGUGGGAGCUCGGAUAUAUCAUUCGCCGGAACUUUUGCUAGCAGUGCUUUUGCUGCUUGUUUCGCUGAGAUUUGCACAAUUCCAUUGGACACUGCAAAAGUUAGGCUCCAGCUGCAAAAGAAAGGAAUCGCAGGAGAUGGAAUGGCUUUACCCAAAUAUCGGGGGAUGCUUGGUACUGUAGCAACCAUUGCAAAGGAAGAAGGUCUUGCGUCUUUGUGGAAAGGCAUUGUACCUGGGUUACAUCGUCAAUGUUUGUAUGGAGGCUUAAGGAUAGGGCUCUAUGAACCGAUUAAGAACUUGUAUGUGGGUGAAAACUUUGUUGGUGAUGUCCCUUUGACCACUAAAAUACUGGCUGGACUUACAACCGGUGCUCUUGCAAUCGCAGUAGCAAAUCCUACAGAUCUUGUGAAGGUUCGUCUACAAGCUGAAGGAAAACUGCCAGCUGGUGUGCCAAGGCGUUACUCUGGGGCAUUAAAUGCCUAUUCAACAAUAGUGAGGCAGGAAGGGGUUAAGGCUCUAUGGACUGGCAUUGGGCCCAAUGUUGCACGUAAUGCUAUAAUAAAUGCUGCUGAGUUAGCCAGUUAUGAUCAAGUGAAGCAGUCAAUUCUGAAGAUCCCUGGGUUCACAGAUAAUGUGCUCACCCAUCUAUUAUCUGGUUUAGGAGCUGGUUUUUUUGCAGUUUGCAUUGGGUCCCCUGUUGACGUGGUCAAAUCAAGAAUGAUGGGAGAUUCAAGCUACACAAGCACCAUUGAUUGUUUUGUGAAGACUCUAAAGAAUGAUGGACCUCUGGCAUUCUACAAAGGCUUUAUCCCAAACUUUGGACGUUUAGGUUCUUGGAAUGUGAUCAUGUUUCUAACUCUUGAACAGGCUAAGAAGUUCGUUAAAAGCAUAGAGUCUCCUUGAAUAUAUUGGGGGAAAACAAAUUGUCCGGUUUAGAAGAUAUUUGCUAUUCAUUUUUGAAUAAAUUCUCGUUGAUGAAAACCAUUGGUGAGACAUUAAAGUUUUGUAAUUUUGGUUCCAAUGAAUGUUUUGGGAGGAACCUUAUGGGAACCUUUUCUGGAUAAUUAAGAUGCCCUAUUGUAAGAAAUUAGGCUUUAAGAUGUUUUAUGGGAAAAUUUCGUGAUGUUGCUACCA